AACCACCUUUUCGACGAUUCUGAAAUUGAAUUUUAGUGAGAGAUGAUUGUUGCUCUUUUCUGAUAUUUCCAACUUCUCGUUGUUUCUUCUCAAAAAUAAUAUUCACAGUAUGGCUAAACCGAUUAGUGCACGUGAAGCAUUCGAACUUCAUAAGGCUGCUGUUACCAGAGAUUUUAUUGCCAAACCUCGUUUAGAUUACCGUACUGUCACUGGUGUUAAUGGUCCACUUGUCAUUUUAGACAAUGUUAAAUUCCCCAAGUUUUCGGAAAUCGUCAACUUAACUCUACCAGAUGGCUCAGUCCGUGCAGGCCAAGUUCUUGAAGUUCAAGGAAAGAAAGCCGUCGUUCAGGUUUUUGAAGGUACUUCGGGUAUCGACGCCAAAAAAACACAUGUUACAUUCACUGGUGAAACACAACGUAUUCCUGUGUCAGAGGAUAUGUUAGGCCGUGUAUUCAACGGUUCUGGUAAACCUAUCGAUAAGGGCCCAAAGAUUUUUGCUGAAGAUUACCUAGACGUCAAUGGUUCACCCAUCAAUCCUUACUCUCGUAUUUAUCCUGAAGAAAUGAUUCAAACUGGUAUAUCUGCCAUUGAUACUAUGAAUUCUAUUGCUCGUGGCCAGAAGAUUCCAAUCUUCUCAGCUGCUGGUCUUCCUCACAAUGAAAUUGCUGCUCAGAUCUGUCGUCAAUCAGGUUUGGUCAAAAAGCUAGCACCUACGAAGGGUGUUCACGAUGGUCAUGAAGAAAACUUCUCCAUCGUCUUUGGUGCUAUGGGUGUCAACAUGGAAACAGCUCGUUUCUUCAAGCAAGAUUUCGAAGAAAAUGGUUCUAUGGAACGUGUUACGCUCUUCCUCAAUUUAGCUAAUGAUCCUACAAUUGAACGUAUCAUCACUCCUCGUCUUGCCUUGACCACAGCUGAAUACUACGCUUAUCAGCUUGAAAAGCAUGUUUUAGUUAUUUUGACUGAUAUGAGUUCUUAUGCUGAUGCUUUGCGUGAAGUCUCAGCUGCUCGUGAAGAAGUGCCUGGUCGUCGUGGUUACCCUGGUUACAUGUAUACCGAUUUGUCUACCAUUUACGAACGUGCUGGCCGUGUUGAAGGCCGUAAUGGUUCCAUCACUCAAAUUCCUAUUUUGACCAUGCCUAACGAUGAUAUUACCCAUCCUAUUCCUGAUUUAACAGGCUACAUCACAGAAGGACAAAUUUUUGUCGAUCGUCAACUCGAUAAUCGACAAAUCUAUCCCCCUAUCAAUGUUCUACCAUCACUUUCACGUCUGAUGAAAUCAGCCAUCGGUGAAGGCAUGACUAGAAAGGAUCAUGGUGAUGUUUCCAAUCAAUUGUACGCUAAAUAUGCUAUCGGUCGUGAUGCUGCUGCUAUGAAAGCAGUUGUUGGUGAAGAAGCUUUGAACCAAGAAGAUAAAUUAUCUUUAGAAUUUUUGGAGAAAUUCGAAAAGACAUUUAUUGCUCAAGGCGCCUAUGAGAACAGAACCAUUUAUGAAUCCCUUGACCUCGCUUGGUCUCUUCUUCGUAUCUUCCCUAAGGAGCUUUUGAAUCGUAUUCCUCAAAAGAUUUUGGCUGAAUUCUAUCAACGUGAACGUAGUAAACGAUCAAAGGGUGUCUUCGAUACCAAUGAUGAAGAGGAACAAUAAUAAAUGUAUCUCAUCGCCUUUUUACCCAUCGCAAGCAGUAGCAAAUAGGAUAUUUUUAUAUCGCCAUUACAACAAACCUUUGCUGAAGAUGACGACAAAAAUCCCCGUUCUUAUAUAAAGCCUUCUAAACCAUACCAAUGAUAAAGCCUUAAUAAACGAAAAGUGAAAUACGUUUUUUUCUGUUUUGUAAAUUAUUGGUGUAACUAGGAGCAAGUGAUCUACACGAUUAUAAUAAUAACUAUUCUUUAUUGUUCUCCUACUACUAAUAAACCUGACAAUGUAUAGGCUAAUGAUAAGAGAAAAGGCCUUGAAUUAGACUCGUUAAUUAGUCGUUAUUAUACAGACUGUCACGAAGAAUUAACUGUAACAUGAAUGGAAUAGGCUUGGAAAUCAAAUAACAUGGCCGAACUUCGCAAUGCUCACCGGAUCCGAUUGAAGCA